CGGUAGCGGCCAUUUUGUGGAUCUUUGGGUCCCCCCUUCCCCUCCCCUCGCUCUCUUUCUCGGUCCUAGUCUUGCUCCUGCAGGGGCCUGGACUGAACGAGGGACCCCCGGGCCUCUCGCAUUUCAUUGCCGUGUGCCGGAGCCUCCCUAUACCUUCUCCCUCCGUGUGGUGUCCUGGGUUCGUCUGAGAGCGGCCUUCCUUGUCCGCGAUGGAAGACGACGGGCAGCCCAAGACACUGUUUCUAUACUAUGCCUGUCAAUGCAGCAUAAGUGAUGUCUCAUGAAUUAGGGAGACAGCUAAUAGAGCUAUGUAGGAAAUCUUUCCAGAGAUGUGACUGAAGUACUUAUACUUCAGUUAUUCAGCCAAAUUGGACCCUGCAAAAGCUGUAAAAUGAUAACAGAGAACUCAGACAAAUUUUAUCAACUUCACCUUUAGCUCUAUAUUCCCAGUCCUAUGUACCAUUCAACAUUCAGUGCUGUAGCUAAAUAUGAUGUCAAUUUUCAUAGCAGUCACACUUUUGCAACCCGAUAGCAGAAGGGUCAACUCUUCUGUUGGAUUUUCUGUUUUGCAGCAUACAAGCAAUGACCCUUAUUGCUUUGUGGAAUUUUAUGAACACAGGGAUGCAGCUGCUGCAUUAGCUGCUAUGAAUGGGAGAAAAAUUUUGGGAAAGGAGGUAAAAGUUAACUGGGCAACAACACCAAGUAGCCAGAAAAAAGAUACGUCAAAUCACUUCCAUGUAUUUGUGGGAGAUUUAAGUCCAGAAAUAACAACAGAAGACAUCAAGUCAGCAUUUGCUCCUUUUGGUAAAAUAUCGGAUGCACGAGUAGUUAAAGAUAUGGCAACAGGAAAAUCAAAAGGAUAUGGCUUUGUAUCGUUUUAUAAUAAACUGGAUGCAGAAAAUGCAAUUGUGCAUAUGGGAGGCCAGUGGUUAGGAGGUCGUCAAAUCAGAACUAACUGGGCAACACGAAAGCCACCUGCCCCAAAAAGUACACAAGAAAAUAAUACAAAACAACUGAGAUUUGAAGAUGUAGUAAAUCAGUCAAGUCCAAAAAACUGUACAGUCUACUGUGGAGGAAUUGCCUCUGGAUUAACAGAUCAAUUGAUGAGACAGACAUUUUCACCUUUUGGACAAAUUAUGGAAACAAGAGCUUUUCCAGGAAAAGGCUAUUCAUUUGUGAGGUUUUCAACUCAUGAAAGUGCAGCACAUGCUAUUGUUUCAGUCAAUGGAACUACAAUUGAAGGACACGUUGUUAAAUGCUAUUGGGGUAAAGAAUCACCAGAUAUGACUAAAAACUUCCAACAGGUUGAUUACAGUCAGUGGGGACAGUGGAGUCAAGUGUACGGGAAUCCACAGCAAUAUGGACAAUACAUGGCUAAUGGAUGGCAAGUGCCACCUUACGGAAUGUAUGGACAAGCAUGGAAUCAACAGGGAUUUGGUGUAGAUCAGACACCUUCUGCAGCCUGGAUGAGUGGAUUUGGUGCUCAGCCUGCCCAGGGACAAGCUGCUCCUGUAAUACCUAAUCAGGCUGGAUAUGUGUUUUACAUCACAGAUUUUAAGAAAAAUGACAUUAAAGAUGCUUUUAGUUGAACAUUAAAUCCUGACGUUUUGGCUGUGGACCAAACAUUACAUCAAACGAAGACAGUGUUUUCUUCAAUAACCACAAAGCCAUCAUUCAGAAGACAUACUCAUGGAAAUAGUGUUUUUAAAAUUAAUUUUUCUAUACGUUUUCAAGAAACCGAAGCCUGGUAUAAAUGUUUCAGUCUGUUUGCUGAAAAACAGUGCUGUCUGCAAUACUUGAGCAAACACUUGUUAUCCACAUUCAGGAGUAUAUUAAAACUGUUCAAAUCUAGUUUGCUUGAAGUGCAAAACUGCAUUUAAUUUUGGGAAGCAUUUUUAGAGUAUGGCACUUAGGCAGUCAUACCUGUUCUUUUACAUAAGUUUGUACCUAACUGCACUGUUACAAAAGCAUGCUCAGACAUAGAAGUAGCAAUGUAAUUACUCAAAGUAAUACUUAAUAUCCUCUGCUGCUCUGUUUGCAGUAGAUUGACAAGAAUGUGCAAGACUGACACUUCCAAAGUUGGCUACAAUGUAAAGUGAAAAAUUACUAUACAAAGAGCCUUAAUUUUAAAUUCAUAAAUCUUUAAUUCAAUUCAUGUUGUCACUAUAAAUCGGAAUUAUUUUGUUUUAUGUUACUCAGUAUGUAAAUAUUUUGGUUGACCACCUUGUAUACCUACUUGAAGGUUCCUAUAAGUUGUAUAGUAUCUGAGUGUUUUAAAAAAAAAUCUUGGGAUGUUUUUUAAGUCUAGAAAUAUUUAGCCCAAGAAUUUUUUUAACCAGAUUGUUGAAAUACUUAUUUUAGAAAUUCCUCAAUGUGCCAUUUGGUUAACAGAAAUGCAGUUGAAACAAGUAUACUGAGUUGUGGCUUAUUCUUAGCUCUUUUUUUCUUUUUGGUAUUUUGGGCUGGCUUGCAUGUGACGAACCUGUACAGAGGCUGGGUUGUUUGUGCACUGAGUAUUAUUGGGAUAAAUCAUGAAGUUGUUCAAAUGGUAUACUUGGGUUAUUUCUCACUUAUGUUAUGGAUAACACUGACACAACUGCCUCAAUAAAUUUGAAGUUGAAAAUGAA